AUGCACAUUGUUGAACCUGACAGAGGCAAAACGGUAGAAACUUCUAAUUCAACAAUGAGCAUCGGACUUGACAUUAAUCAAAUGUUAAAAGCUCCGAAUUUGGUAGAAAUAGAUGAAGAUAAUACGAAUCGAGGUAACAAAUAUAAUAAUGGAAGAUCACCCUUGAAGUUAG